GAUAAAAUGGCUUCCACCUGUAACAACCAAGCGAGCGAUAUUGCUUUGGAUUUGAUGACGGAGAGUGCAUGCGAGAAUAUCGAAAUUGAUGAGAAAAAAGAGGCUGAAACAACUGCAGUAAAAGUGCACAGUGAUACGACAAAUUCCGCGAUAAAAUCACAAAAUUUCGAGAAUUCUAAUUCUGAAUUGCAUCAUGGAAUAGAUGAAUCUGUGGAGAACAAGAAAUCUGAAGAAAAGUUCAAAUCUGAUCAAGAAUUAAAUUCUCACGACGGAACAAACACACUGAAGGAACAAUCCCCUGACAAAAGAAAGGGAGAGCCAACUAAAGACAUGCAAGUUUCACCUGAAGUCUCCAUUCUCAAGAACGAUGUAACAGAAUCUGAACUGCAAAAGGAUACGAUUCGAAAAAGGAACAAGUCGACAAACAAAACUUUCAAUAAACGUCUGUCUACACUGUCGUUGAAAUCGUUGACCGAAAGUAUCCACGAGAAAGCCAACGCUCUCCAAGACGUUAUUCAGGCGUUGUUAGUUCGUCUGCUUCUUUUUAUCCAUAGUUUGUUCUGUGUUUGGAGAGCAGCAGAUGUCCAGAAGGACGACAUUUUCUGGUUACUGGCAUUCAGCAACUUCUUCCUCGGUAUCGAAGCCCUGUAUACGUGUUACUACAGAAAAGGAAAAGAUCCCAAAUGGAUAUGCCCCUGUUUUGUCCUGUAUUUGCUGGGAACGAUACCUGCUAUAUGGCUCCUACAGUUGGACAUGCUGGAUAGGAAGUUUAAUGCCAAUAUUACAACAUCCAAUUCUACAACAGAGGAAUUGUCUUCAUUCUAUGGGGUAAAAUUAAUUCCUAUAUCUCUUGAUGCCGAGACAUGGGCAUCCAUUUUACAGCAGCUGCUUUUAUUUGUCCUUGUUGUUGGGCGAAUGUUGUUGCCACGGGGUCAUCUAACGCGUGACGAAUUAUCGCAGACACUCUUCAUUUUCAUUGGAUCUGGAUCAGAUGUCAUGGAAUUCUUCGUCGUGUUCGAAGAUCCUAUUUUCUACACGAACACGGGGCUGAAAUAUGCCACUCUCAUAAUCUGGAGCAUAAGUUUAAUACAGUUCGUGUUUGUGAUUGCAGUAGCCAAGGGGCCUAAAAGAUUCCGCUUGGGAACCAUGGUCGAGGAAGAGGAUCGUGAACAUAAGAAUUUUGGGGCCGAAUUGUGGGGUCUCCUGAUAUCAAUCACUUUUAUGGAUGGGCCAUAUUUCGGUCUUCGCGUCUAUGCUAUAACCGUGCAUAAAGUGUUGAGCUUUGGAAUUCUGUUCUUCACGUGUAAAAAUAUGUUGAUGUUAAUUCUAUUAUUCUAUCGAUUAUUCAUCGUUGGUAUGAAAAUCAGAUCCAGUCGAAAAACAGAAACACCAAAGGGCCUAAAGUUUUAGCAACAGCAUUUUAAGAUAACUAAUCUGAAAAAGCUGCAUAUUUUUACAUCCUGUUAAAUUAUCGGAUUCAUGGUGUCUGAUUUUGCUCAAUGAUAUGCAUGUAAGAGACGCGACGUUCAGCAUUUAUAAUACAAACGAUACAAAAUAUACAAUCAACCAAGAAUGUAUGACAAAAAUUACUUUGAUCCAGCAUUCAUUGUAGUAGUAAAACAUUUAACGUUAAUGCGUUGUCAUAGUUUAUUAUCUUACUUUUGGAUUUCUCAUUCUGUUGACUAUAUAUUUCGGUGAAGGCUGCUUUUUCAGGCAAAACAUUUUUUUUAACAAAUCAUAGGCCAAUUGGUUUUUUUGUUUGUUUGUUUUUACGGGGGUGGGGGGGUGGGAGGGUGGGGUGUACGACUCAUCUGAGUUUCACUUAUACUAGAGACUUCACCAGUUACGGUUGUAGCCGUGUGUUUUCUGUUGUCGUGCCGACGCCUAAUGUAUCACAUGACCUCAUUCGAAAGACUGGUGACUUUCACUUCUAAUGCCGCAAUGUGCCGGGCACUUGACGAAUGUACAGUCACUACUUUACCGAUAUUUGACGUGGCGCUGGUAUCGAGAAUCGAACUCGGGAUCUCUUAGAUGUGAGGCGAGCGUCCUAACCAAUGUUUUAUUAUCAUCUCUGUCCUGUUUUUGUCAGUUUGAUUCGUUUUUACCAUAGUUACUUUUUCUACGUGUAAUUAGUUCAGGGUUUUGUUUUUGGGGUUGGGGGGGGGUAGUUUUUGGUGUUGUUUUUUGUUGGGUUUUUAUUUUGGUUUUUUUUUUUUUUAUUUUGCUUUUGUUUACUUGCAGAACUUUUUUUAAAACAUAUUUUAUUGAUGAAAUCAAAAGGAUUGGGAACAAGUUCUAACAACUUACUAUUCUCUUUAGAGAAGUCAAGAGGCAUAGCCUUCUCUCGACUUCUCUAAAGAGAAUAACAACUUACAAGUCCCUCUCCUAAAAUAUUACAAUAUGCAGAACUAUAUUUAAUACUAUUUUCACAACAGGGUUUUGACAUAAUCUGAGCAAACUGGUCAUUCUCUACCCAGAGUUCCGUGCGCUCCUCGGACUACACCUCUUUCAACGGCUUUUUACAGAAAUCUUGUAAAAGUUUCUUUGAUCCAACAUUUAUGUUUUGGACUAAAUAUUUAGUCAUAUUAUGAUAUGUUUUUGGUGCAAUUAAAUUGAUGCUUACUGUAAAUUGUUUAAAAUCGCCGUUUUCUGAUCAUAAAUGUUGAACUACUUCGUAAUGUGCGUAUGAAUGUAGGAUAUACACGUGGUGGAGAUUUAAAUGUAAACAUGGAAUCAAAAGUAAGAAAGGCUGUAAAAAUACGAUAAAACUUGUAAAAUAAGAGACAAACAGCUAAACGGUAAAUAUGCACUUAUUAAAGUGUCAGUUGGCUAUGAAAAGAGCCUGAUGUAUCACCUGUUGCCUGAACUUUUAAAGGGAAAGGAAACCUAGAAUGAUUGUUUAUAUCAUGUGAUUAUAUUGUCACGUGAUUCCAAGCGUUGACAGAGGUGUAUGUGAAGCUUGCGUAACGCGCCCUCUGGUGAGAGAAUGCAAACUAGUAUGUAAAGUAUAUAGAACAAUAUAUGACACUGUAUUUGUAUAUAACUAUGUGUUAUGUAAUCACUUCUUUCUUUACUUGUAUAUGUAUAUGUACAUUAUUUGUAUGUAUUUUCAUGCUGCCCCUUGAGGGCCCUUGAUUGGAAAUAAAAUAUAGUUAAUAAUAUAGAGUGAAGGAAGCUAACAAAGCAGCCAUUAAAUUCUCGGUUGCUCACUUCAAUUCAAACUCCCAAAACUUGGGUGUAAAUCGUGAUAAUGCAGUCAACCAUAUUAUGGUUGUUCAGCACUGAAUGACUCAAAUUUAAAAGGUGCAAGGCAAUUGGACAAUAUUACUACUUUUGCUGUGGGUCUUCACCGGAAAUUUAAA